UGUUUCUUGACUGUGAAGCUCGAAAAAAAAAAUUUCUAUGUGAGAGUGCAUCUGUUAAUAUGGCAACUCGCUCUGAUGAUAAGGACUCUUAAGAAUCGAGUUCCAUGGCUGGUAAUAUUCAGUCUUAAUCUAAUCCAGUAAGGAGUAAACAAAGUGAUAGCUUCCGUGGUUGAGGCCGUGGUUGUUUUAAUAAUUCUAAUCGACCUUAGUGUCAACUGUGUGUAAAAUUUGGUCAUGUGGUUCAGAAGUGCUAUCACAGGUUUGAUCGUGAGUAUACCGGGGUGGCUGACUCCUCUGUGUCAGUUAAUAAUGGGUCGAAACAGUCUCGCAGUGUCUCGGAUGACAAACAGCAGACUACUACUAGCAUUCACGCAUAUGGGCACUCGAUGAGUCAUGUGUUCCCUCAAUCUCCUGUGUUUUUUUACUAUCCUGUUGCUAACUCGGUUUUUCCCAGUGUGCAGCCGUUUGGAUCAGUGCCCUAUUAUCAAGGUGGUCACAUGUUCUCUUCUCAGGUCCCGUAUCCGGUGUCAAUGGCUCAUAUGUAUACAGUUUCUGGUGAUUUUACUGGAAAGAGAAUGUCCUCCUCACCAACGGCCUUUGUCUCCACAAUACCCUCUGGUAAUGUUUCCACCAACACGGCUAACACGAUCUGGUAUCCGGAUACAGGAGCAACACACCACAUCACCAAUGAUCUAUCUGUGUUUAACUCUGGAACUACUUACACAGGACAUGAAGACUCAUGAGGUUCUGUUGAAAGGGAGGCUCACGCCUGAUGGACUAUAUCAACUACUGCCACACACUACGAGGGAUAAAAGCUGGUAGUUGAACCACAUCUUGAAAGCGUCCAACUCGCUAGAGUUGUGGCAUAAGCGUCUGGGUCACUCCUCGAUAGCUGCUGUUCGAGCUGUAAUGAAGGCGUGUAAAAUUGUCCCUAGUGAAA